GUGUUAAUAUUAGCAAUGACAUCAGGGCAGAUGUGGAACCAUAUAAGAGGGGCACAACUGAUGUUAAGAAAUCCACAGGAUGGGCAAUGGGUCGGUACUCCUUGUUGUUGCUGCUGCGGCUGCUGCUGCUACUACUGCUGCGGCUGUUGUUGUUGUUGUUUUUGUGGUUUUCACAUUUCAUUUUUAUUGUUCCCGAGUCUUAGAUAA